CCGACCACUUGCUGUUUCGUACACCGACUUGCUCGCCCAUAGUCGUUAUCGGCUCCGCCUAGCCAGGCCUAGUAAGGUGAGCAAAUAACGCAUGUUUAGUACGCUAUGAUGAUUCAGAGUGGAAUCUUUAUCGACCCGGUAACACGUUAAAGUCGCUGGGUCGAGUUGGAGACUAGCAAAUGUUCUAGAUACUGCUGACGCUUUUACUGCCAGUUAAUCACCAUCAUACUAUUGGCUGACAAUAUUCUGUUCAGAAUUACCCAUGGACCCACGCCGAGCUCGCGACCCGCGCUUGGCACGCGUAGACCCACGUUUACAGCGAGCACCAUCUGCGUUGCCGACUCCAUCGCCCCAACAACAAAGUGGGUCUGUACAAGGCGCCUCACAGUGGUCUACGGAUGGAGCAUAUACGACUUCACAGUCCAUGGUUCCCAACGUUCUCGUGCAGCAAGCUGAUAUAGCUUCUGAGAAUGCUGUUGCUGGUCCCUCGACUCCUGCGAACACAGGAUCCUCUGCAUACAAACCUAGGCCACUAUUUUGUGUUGUGUGUGCAAGUAAUCAAAACCGUUCCAUGGAAGGCCAUCAUGUCUUGCACAAAGCCGGAUACAGAGUGAUUUCUUACGGCACGGGCUCUGCUGUUCGCCUACCUGGACCAUCGAUAGACAAGCCUAACAUUUAUUCGUUUGGCACACCAUAUAACUCAAUAUACGAGGAACUCAUUGCAAAAGACUCGAGAUUAUACGCCGCAAAUGGACUUCUCCAGAUGCUCGAUCGCAAUCGGCGAAUAAAACUAGCUCCAGAACGGUGGCAGGACAGCAAGACAGUUGCAGAUGUAGUUAUUACAUGUGAAGAACGUUGUUUUGACGCUGUUUGUGACGACCUGCUCAGUCGCGGUGGAGAAUUCAAUAAGCCCGUUCAUAUCAUUAAUAUCGAGAUUAAAGACAACCAUGAGGAAGCACUCAUUGCUGGAAAGGCGAUGCUGGAUCUAGCCGCUGCUAUCGAAAUCUCCCAAGAUAUCGAUGAAGAUAUCGAUAGGAUACUGCAGGUGCAACAGGAGCGCCACCCCCAUAGUCUUUUACACGCCAUAGCUUUUUACUAGUAAAAAGUUUCUCAUCAUGGGACCCUCGUGGACCCUUGUAAACAAGACAUCGACUUGUUGGUCAUGUGUAUAUUAGGUCAGGCACUGAUGACCAUCAUAAUACCGCUUUUACAACGCU